UUCCAUACAUGUUUCACAGUAAAAGAAAAAAAAAUAGUCUAGGCUCGUAUGAGGAGGAGGAGGACUCGGCAGAUCAGCUGAUGUACUUCAGAGGAGGAGACAAUCAGCGUUAUAUUUCACCGUCGGGAGGCUUUGACAGUGGAGUAUUAGGGAGAUCUACACAACAAUAAUGAUUCGCCUGGUGGUAGUGUCAGGUUUAUUGUGCCUCUUUUCUGCAUCUGUGCAAGGAACUGACUGCCCUGGAGGACUUGUAAGAUGUCCUAGUUUCAUGACCUGUUGUGAACUUGCUAAUAAGGAGUAUGGCUGUUGCCCCUUCCCAAAUGCCAUGUGCUGUAAAGACCAUGUCCACUGCUGCCCGGAGAACAUGCAGUGCGAUGUAGCCCAACAGACCUGCAGGAAGAAUGGGUCGCCACUGCAGUUCUACUGGAGAGUCCCCAUCCAGCCUGAGCUCAUCGAGUCCAAUGUGGAACUGCUAAAGGAAACGGUUCCCGAGGAGAGCAAUCGUCUGCGUGAAGUUAGAGGUGACAGCUGUCCUGAUGGUCACCCUUGUCCAAGCAUCUACACAUGUUGCAAAAUGUACAAAGGUGGAUUUGGUUGCUGUCCCUUUGAAAAUGCCCAGUGUUGCUCUGAUGGAUUUCACUGCUGCCCUGUUGGAAGCCAGUGCAACGCCACCACGGGAGGAUGCGAUCACAAAACCCACAAGUUCACCCUGGACCCCUACCCUCUCCCUGUUAAGAAAGCGACUGAGAAACCAAGAGCAGGAUUUGGAUCACAGCCUCUUCGCAGUGGAAUCGCAGAUCCAGGUGGCAAGUGUCCUGAUGGCCACCCUUGUCCUGAGAAGUUCACCUGUUGCAAAGUGCCGGACCAAGGCUAUGGCUGCUGCCCUUACUCAGAAGCUGUGUGCUGCACAGACUACAUUCACUGCUGUCCGAAGGGUACCAACUGCAAUACAACCCUUGGCACUUGUGAUGUGGAGAAGAGGAAGUCCCUUUCAGUUCCAGCAUUCUCACUGGUAACAAAACAACUGGCUCAUGUUCCUCAUAUUCCCAAGAAAGAGGAGGUGCAGAAAACAGCAUCGAAUGUCUCGUCUGUUGUGUGUCCUGACGAGCAGUACCUGUGCCCUGAUGGAAACACCUGUUGCCAGCUACAGUCUGGAGCUUAUGGAUGCUGCCCUAUGGAUCAUGCAACAUGCUGCAGUGACCAUAUGAAUUGUUGUCCCCAUGGUUAUAGAUGUUUUGCUGGUGGCUGUGAGUUGAACCCAGCCCAAGAUGAUGCUCCCUUAAUUCGGAAAAUCUCCCCUGCUAAGAAGACUGCAAAGAAAGAACCACAGCAGACAGAUGAUGAUUUACAAAUUGUAAUCUGUCCAGACAAGCUCUCAGUUUGCCCUGAUGAGAACACCUGCUGUGAUAUUGGCGGUGGUUUUUAUGGAUGUUGCCCAAUGCCAAAGGCAACAUGUUGUGAGGAUAAGGCUCACUGCUGUCCUCAUGGUUACCACUGUUCUUCUGCGGGUUGUGAGAAAGCCUCGGAAAAUAGUCUGCAGCUGGUCCAUCUUCAUUUCACAAAUAUCUCGGAGACCAUAGGAGAAGUAAAGAGCUACAAAGAACCAGAGAAUGAUGUCAUCUGUCCUGACAAGGAGUACAGCUGCCCUGAUGGAAAUACUUGCUGCAGUGUUGGUGGCGGAGAGUACGGAUGCUGUCCAAUGCCCAAGGCAACUUGCUGCAGUGACCAAGAGCACUGUUGUCCUCAUGGCUACACUUGCAAAGAUGGAGGGUGUGAGAGGGAACCAGGGUUACCUUUCGCCCUACCAGCAUUCACCCCAAAGCUGUUUCUGAAGAAAGAAAAACAAGAAAAUGAGAGAGACUAUCCGCAAGUGAUGCUGUUGCCAUAAAGAAAACAUUGUCUAUUUUCCUCUCUUCAUUUUCCUGUCUUCCUUUACGGAGGUAAAGGAGUAGAUUAUUCUAUCAGAUUUUGUGACCAUAGUUCAGAAGAUACACACAAUGCUCAGUAGAUAUUUAACAAUCAGCAUUCAUGAUAUUUAACUUAGUCACCAUUAUGUACUGUCCUUUUUACUUUCUCCUCAUGGGCAUAGAAUUAUGUUGAGUACAUUUAUGUGUUUUUUCACAAAGAUAGAACAGGUAAUCAUUCCUGUAGUUAUCUGUGAUGUAUAAUUUUAUACAGUUUAGCUAGUAGUGUGGAAUGGUGGAGGGAUGCUGUAUUUCCAGCUAUAAAGUGAAAAGGUUUUACUUUAUUGCCCUCACUUGAUUUUUGAGAUUAUAAAAGAAUUUGUAUAUGUUUUCUUAAACUUUUCAAACCUGUCUCAGUCAGGUGAAGAAUUUAGGUGUAAAGCUUUUUUUUUACAAUGGGCAUUAUGUAAUAAGAUUUAUAUUUGAAUAAAAAAAAAUUUGUUAAAAGAUAAAGAUUGUGAAUAUGAAAUGGAUGUUUUAUACUUUAUGAAUUUUGAAUUAUGCUUAAGAUAUUUUGGGGGAUGUUUUUUUUUUUUUUUUUUUCAUGAUAAUUAUGAUACGGAGAAUUUAGAAGUGUAGUAGAUAUUGUAUAGGAAAUGUUUUUUCCAGAAUUAUGGUAUUGACGUAUAAGUUAAAUACUUGAACGAUAACAUUUUUGGUUUUUACUGUUCAUAUUUUUACACUUAAAUAAAAUUAUUGUUGGAAUA